UUGUCAAAAUUAUGUCUUGUCAAUAGAAAAUUUGUUUACAAUUUUUUCUGCCUGAUUAAAUCGCUUUUCUUUCUAAUUUUGAAUGAUAAACUUAAUAUAAAGUCCUUAAAAUGAACACCAACAAUUCGCAGAAUGAGAGCUAUUGGUUUGUGGUGCGCGAGAAUCAGGACAACACCGUCGUUCUCGCCAGCACCAACGACUUUCCGGCAGACACUUCCCUUAAUCCUCAUUCGCGAUAUACAAUAAACACAGAGGAUGCCCAGUAUGCACAGCUAGCGGCCGCGCCGCCGCCGCCGCUGCCACCGCCGCCCCCGGCCGUCGACAGAACUAUGGAUGAGUAUAAAAAGUUUUGGGACAGAAAUAAGGUUCGGCUCCUACUGAACCUCAGCUCAGAUAUCAAAUACAAACACAAUCAACCCUUCAAAGAGAAGCACGUCUGGAACGACAUCGCCCCCCUCAUAGGAACCACGCCAGAAGAAUGCUGGAGGAAGUAUGUCAAUCUGAAGAGCACUUUUGUAAGGAUGUACAAGAAGAAGCUUCUUGGCAAAGAGAUUAAAUGGCCUUACUUACAGAUGUGUGAAGAAACAUUCAGAAAGUGCAAGAUCAUGUCACCGGAUAUGUUGGAAAUUUGGAAUAAUGAGAAAACCAAUAGACUCUUGGAGUUGUACAUAGAAAAUGUUGAUAAAUAUGGGGCAACUAAACAACUGUGGAGGUUCAUUGGAGCCACGCUGGGUGUCACCGGGGCAAAUUGCUAUAAAAAGUUUAGUAGCCUGAAAAAGACCUAUGAUAAUAUACUAGAAAGGACUGGAGACACUGGGAGAGCAGUCAAAUGGCCAUACCUUUGCCAUUUCCAGAAAAUUCACACAAUCACUUCUCCUGCUCAAUGGAAUAACAGUAAGACUAGUCAACUGUUAGAGGCAUAUGCUAUGAGGGUAUACAACUUUGUUGAUCCCAAGUACAGUAAGAAAGACCUGUGGUCAGAAAUCAGUGACAUGGUUGGGGAAAGCCCUGAAGAUUGUGAUAAGAAGUUCAGAAACAUGAAAGCUACUUACAUCAGGCUGAAACUCACUGGCCAAACAGCCAGGAGAUGGAGAUUCUACAAUAUCUUUGAGAUUAUCAAUAAAAAGUAUCAGGAGUACAGUAGAGAUGGAAAUGAACUUUGCUUUGUCACAAAACACAGGGUGGACUCCAAGAUCAAACAGUUACUGACAUUCUACAUAGACAACAUUGACAAAUUCAGGAAUCCCUUUGUAAAGAACAAACAUUUGUGGAGGAGCAUCGCUUCUAAACUCAAUAUGGACCCUGAAGACUGUGAUAAGAAGUUCCGAAAUCUGAAAACAACAUACAGAAGACUGGUUGAAACAAAAGAUAGGUCACAAAAGAUUAAUUGGCCAUACUUCACAUAUUUUGAACAGAUAUAUGGUGAUCCAGAUUGUAAAAGCUUCCAAAGAUCUCUAACAUUGCCAGCACUGAGUGCAGAAGAUAUCAUGUUUCAAGAGAUACAGAAAGUAGUUCAGGAGUCUAGUGAGAGGCGAGAUCGGAAUGACAAGUUUGAGCGGCUCAUUGAGGCUGUUGAAGUAUCCAAUGACAUACAAAGAGAAAGAAACAGGAUAUUGCAAGCUUUGUUAGACAGACGGAAACUCUGAUUCCCUUGUGACUGAUAAAUUGUAUUAAGGUUAGAACAUUUGAAUUAAAUUCCAUUAAAAAAUCGAUAUUGUAUAAAUUCUGCACACAUGUAGGUUGUCCACUAUUUUGUACAUGGUUCAUUAUUUAUUUAUACGUAAGUUGGCUCCUGGCCAAGAAUAUAAUUAGGUACCUACUCCUCUGACAAUGUGGGUCUGGCUCGCAUAGACACAUACUCGCAUACCGAUGCCCCACAGUAAAAUAUGAAAAUCCUUUAAUGAAAUAUCUGCUACGGGCGGGAUUCGAGCCCGGCGUCCUCUGCAAAAUCAGCGUCAAUAGCUAUCAUAUGUCGUUACUAUAGAGGCAUGAGCUCAUUCUUUCCUUACUUCUUAAAACCUUCAUACAAACUGCCUAGUAAGAAUCCCAUUACGACGGGCCUCAGCGCAAAAAGUUGUUAAUAUUGCGGCCCGCGAUCCAGUAUACAGUAUACUAUUGGAGUAAAGACACACCUUCAUUUAGUUAUAGCAGAACUAUAUUUUCAUAACGUAUUAAAUUAAAAAAUGGAAACAAUAAAUUAUAAAUUUAUUACAAUAAUAAUAAUAAAGAAAUUUAAAAAAGAUCGGUUCCAAGAUGUUGGUAGCUGGUACUGUGAACCGAUGGCCAGGUGGAACGUGGAACGUUGGACGUGUUUACGCAGCCUCUCCGCCCUCCUCGCCCUCCUCGGCGGACGCGGUGAGCAUGGCGAUGAGCUUGCCGGUGUCGAUGAAGC